AUGAUGAAUUCCUCCCUAGAUCCACUGAACCAGAGCUCUGCUGACCCGUCAAACUUCUCUGCACCCUUUUGCCUGCUUGAGAUAGGCUAUUCCCAGAUUUUCAGCACCUGCCUGCUUGAAGUCUCUAUCAUACUUCUCCUCACUGUUCUCAUUAUUUCGGGUAACCUUGUGGUGAUUUUUGUAUUUCACUGUGCUCCUUUGCUUAGCCAGCACACCACUAGUGCUUUCAUCCAGACUAUGGCAUAUGCUGAUCUGCUGGUGGGGAUCAGCUGCCUCUUCCCUUCCCUGUCCCUCCUCCAUCACCUCCAGGGCCUCGACCCCAAACUCACCUGCCAGGUAUUUGGGUACAUGGUGUCAGUUUUGAAGUCAGUUUCAAUGGCAUCGUUAGCUUGUGUGAGUGUGGACCGCUACAUCGCCAUCACUCGACCUCUGACUUACGCGUCUUUAGUGACACCCUGUCGAGUGCGCUGCUGCAUUGCUCUAAUAUGGCUGUACUCUGCUCUGGUGUUUCUACCAUCUUUCCUUGGGUGGGGGAAACCUGGUUACCACGGUGAUGUGGUGGAGUGGUGCGCAGUUGAAUGGAGGACUCGUCCGGCCUUCACAACCUUUAUUGUUGCACUGCUCUACGCCCCAGCUGCACUCACUGUCUGCUUCACCUACGCCAAUAUCUUCAAGAUCUGCCGACAACACACCAGGGAGAUCAGCGAGCGCCACGCACGUUACAGACCCCAACAGCUCCAGGGUCCAGGAAUCACAGCGGACUCUAUGGUCAAGGACAAUAGUGCGAUAGAGCAAGGGCAGUUUCCCCACUUAUCCCAACAAAAACACCUUCACCACCAGCCACAGUAUCAGCAGCCUUCAUCAACGUACCCGGACAAACGUUAUGCUAUGGUACUGUUCCGCAUUACCAGUGUGUUUUAUAUCCUCUGGUUGCCCUACAUCCUCUACUUUCUGUUGGAGAGUGGAGGGAUCUACCACCACCCUGCAGCGUCAUUCCUCACCACAUGGCUGGCCAUCAGCAACAGCUUCUGUAACUGUCUCAUCUACAGCCUCUCCAACUCUGCCUUCAGGAAGGGCCUCAAACGCCUCUGCUCAUUCUGUUUACAACGCAGUAACAGUGGUUUUGGGGUUAGGAACACCAAAAAGGCUUUCCUUGGUUCCGUUGAAAAGGGAUGUGCAGGGUCAGGGUAUGGAUAUGGUCAUGGGGAAAUAGGAAUUGGCACAACAUGUCAUGUGUAG